CGGGCCGCACGGGCGAGACCAACUCGGGACAACCGGCGACACGCGGGGGGGGGGUGCUUCAGUUUAAGCUUCGCAGCGACGCCAGUCCUAUAUAAAUGUCGGCAAUCGCAACGCUUAACUUUUACACUGAGACGUUUAAUGAUAAGACUUUGAAUGGAAGCGAGGGGUGCGUUUGCUUGGCAGCGGGCGUUGGGUGUACGUGCGUGUGGGCGGUAAUCCCCCCCCCCCGGGUUUGGUGUAAGUGGAGCGCUCCGCGCAACCCCCGGUGUGGGACGCGUCCACACUCGCCGUGCAUCCUUCUCGCCCUCUCCAUCCUCAACAUCCACAUCAUCAUCAGCAGCAGCAGCAGCAAGCUACAAGCAAGCGGCUCUUUCAUCAACAUCAUCAUCAUCGUAGUAUCCGUUUGGUCGUCAGUCUGUAAAUUCCGUUCAUAUUCUCAGCGGGAGCUGAAGGCCCCGCCCGCCCGGCAGCUCGCUCGCUCGCUCGGCCAGAUGUCGAGGAAGAUGACGCGCGCCGAGGUGUGCGCUGACUGCAGCGCGCCAGUGUCAGACCCCGGCUGGGCGUCCAUCAACCGCGGCGUGCUGGUGUGCGACGAGUGCUGCAGUGUGCACCGCAGCCUGGGCCGCCACAUCUCCCUCGUCAAGCACCUGCGCCACAGCCAGUGGCCCACCUCGCUCAUACAGAUGGUGCAGACGCUGGUGAGCAAUGGAGCGAACUCGAUCUGGGAGCACUCGCUGCUCGACCCAGCGCAGAUCCAGAGCGGCAAGCGCAAGGCCAACCCACACGACAAAGUGCACCCGACCAAGGCGGAGUUCAUCAAGGCCAAGUAUCAGAUGCUGUCGUUCGUGCACCGCAUGCCAUGCCGCGAGGACGAUAACAUCAUGGCCACCGACCUGAGCAGGCAACUGCACUCGAGUGUGAGAACGGGGAACUUGGAGACGUCGCUGAGGCUGCUCUCCCUGGGGGCCCAGGCCAACUACUUCAACCCCGACAAGGGGAACACCCCGCUGCACGUGGCAGCCAAGGCCGGGCAGACCCUGCAGGCCGAGCUGCUCGUGGUGUACGGCGCCGACCCGGGGGCCGUCGACGCUCUGGGCCAGACGCCCGUCGAGUGCGCGCGCCAAGCGGGACACACGGAUCUCGCCGACCGCCUCGUCGAGUGCCAGUACGAGCUCACCGACCGCCUCACCUUCUACUUGUGCGGCCGUAAGCCAGAUCACAAGAGCGGCCAGCACUUUGUGAUUCCGCAGAUGGCAGACAGCAGCCUGGACCUCUCUGAAUUUGCAAAGGCAGCCAAGAAGAAACUGGAAGCACUGAGCAACCACCUCUUUGAGGAGCUUGCAAUGGACGUGUACGAUGAGGUGGACAGGCGCGAAACCGACGCAGUGUGGCUCACCACACAGAACCACAGCAAGCUGGUGACGGACCGCACCGCCGUGCCCUUCCUGCCCGUCAACCCCGAGUACUCGUCCACACGCAACCAGGGCCGACAGAAGCUGGCUCGCUUCAACGCUCGCGAGUUCGCCACGCUCAUCAUCGACAUCCUGAGCGAUGCCAAGCGGCGGCAGCAGGGCACAGCGCCGGGGGACAGCAUGGACGAUGACGAUGUUCACGAUUACGACAUCGUACCGUCGGAGGAUGAAGACGUAACCCCCGGGAACUCCGCCGUCAAAUCCCGAGCCAAGAGCAUGGACUCUGACCUCUCCGACGGGCCGAUCACCUUGCAGGAGUACAUGGAGGUCAAGUCGGCGCUUGCCAGCUCGGAGGCCAAAGUUCAGAGGUUACUCAAGGUGAACUCCGACCUUGGAGACGAGCUGCGGCGCCUGAGGCAGGAGGUCGACAAGCUGCAUCGCGAGAACUCCACGCUGCGCGAGCAGCUUGGCAGCGGCAGCUCUCCCUACCCAGGCCCGCACGGCGGCGGCGGCGGUGGCGGCGGCGGUGGCGGCGGCGGCGGGGGAGGGGGUCCUUCCGCGUCGCGCAAGGAGCCCGUCUACCAGGUGCCCACCAACCGGCGUCCGUCCAUGCGCGGGGUGGGCGGAGCGGGGCGCCCACAGUCCAUGUGCGAGACGAGCUCGCUGCCGCGCUCGCACCAGCCGGGCGGCGACGGGGACGCACGCGCGCCUGACGUGUCCGCAAACAUUCGUAGGAGUGCGUUUGUGACCGCCCCUGUUUUCUCUCCUUCACACCACCCCGCGCUCUUCCCGGCCCGCGACGCCAUGCGCGGCCUGGCCUCUGGUCUGGACUCCUCGCUAGACGGGGACUACAGCAGCUACAGGGAGGUGGGCCUCGGCGUUCGUUGCGUCGAGGGGGAGGAGAGCGAGGGCGACCCGAGCCACGCGCUGCCCAGCGGACAGGACGUCAUCCGCAAGACGGAGCAGAUCACCAAGAACAUCCAGGAGCUGCUGCGCUCUGCUCAGGAGUGCAAGCACGAGAGCUUUGUGCCGUGCUCCAGCAAGAUCCACAUCGCGGUGUCGGAGAUGGCCGCUCUGUUCCCAAAGAAGCCACGCUCGGAGACGCUGCGCGCCUCGCUGCGCCUCAUGACGGGCAGCGCGCUGCGGCUGCAGUCCGAGUGCAUGAAGACGAUCCCCGCGGACGCGGGCGACGCCGUCGACUUGCAGCUCAUCACCCAGCAGGUCAUCCAGUGCGCGUACGACAUCGCCAAGGCGGCGCGCCAGCUCGUCACCUUCACCACCAACGCCGCCAACGCGUGAGCGGGGUUCGGGCGCCGGGGUGGGCGCGGUGCCGGCGAGCCCGAGUUUUACCGGUGCAGGGGUCCAGUCUCGCGCGUGCACUCGCGCGCUCGCGGUCACACGACACGCGCACUCACAGACGCACGCACUCUUUACACGCAUGUACGCACUCACCAACGGAUGCACACACGCGUACGUAUGUGUGUCCACUUGACCUGUAAUGUUUCACCGAUUACAGCGAGUUCUAAUGUUCACGAAGCACGUGUCGGAUCGCACAUUGUGACGGUUUAUUAUCUGCAACUCCUGUGAAUGAUACGCUGGCACAUUUAGACUAAUGGAGCUAACAACAUUGUAGAUCAUAUUCAUAAAUAUUUGAAACGACGAAUCGGUUCUUGAAUCGAUUCAUGAUCCAGCAUCGUGACAAUUUAUCUCAACCCUUUGGGGGGUGGGGGUGAAUAGUCAUACGCCUGACGUACACGCACGCACGGGUGUGUGCACUUGGGGAGGGGUCCACGCAUUGUGCUAGCGGCCUACCCUGCGAGGCACGACUUGGUCAACGGAGAGCUGCAGUCACAAGCAGUGCUUUCGUUGACGCACGACGCUCCACCGAGCUUUGCGACGGAACGGCCAGAGCCACCGCCACUGGAUCAGCACUCGUGAAGAACAAAGCCCAGCCUCGGCACAGCCUACCGCAGUCACCGCACGCACGCACAUGAACUGUUGUAAAAUAUUUUAAUCAUCGUGGUAAGCCAUCUCGUACGGUGUGUGUGCGCGUGUGUGUGUGCGAGCGCAACUGUUACUUUGCUUGCGCAGUUGGCGACGUUUAACCGUGACGUUGUGACUUCACAGGGUUUUUUAUUUAGCCUGCCAAACCAGAAGCCCUCUGUCUUGUCAAUUAUUUAAAUCAGAAAGAAAAGACAAAAAAACGUCUGCUUGCUCAAUAACUAACUUCCUUAUGCAUAAUCACCUGUGCUAUAAUUAGAAAACUGCUAAGUGCUCGUAAUGACUUGAAACUUUGGCAAAUCCCUGACCCCUGAUUUAAGUAUCAUUAUAGUGUCAAUGCUUAUGGGCACUGUCACUUGCAACAUCGCGUUGGGUUUGUCACGCUCACCUGUGCCCACGUGUGCCCUGGGUCCACCUGUACCACGCUUACCUGGGCUCACCUGUGCCAAUGACAGCGAUCGUUCCGAGGCUACACUUGCCCUCAUCGGAACCCAGGGUCCACGGCGAGGCCCAGCCAGGAGUCAUGGUGGAGGUGGCGGAGUUCAUUACAAACGCGCGCCGGUUUGUGUAAACCUCUAAAGUGGACGGUUGAACUCGAGAGGAUUGCCACGCGUGAGCCCACGAAGCCCCCCCCCCCCCCCCCCCCGUGCCCUUCUCCGUGCGAUGUUCCCCUCCGCAGAACCGUGUCGCCCGAAUUGUAUAACACGAAUUAGCAGACGCUUAACGAACGGUUUCAUUUACAAAGUGCAUUAUGUUUUAGCGAAGCCUUACGGCGGGGCCACUCCUCAUCCGGCCACAUCUGUCCCACUCAUUCCUGGUUUGAUCGACCACCUGCCGCCGGCUGCUGCUGCUUGCGGAUUCGCUGGCUCGAGGCGGAGCCGAUGUAAUCUCCUGCUUCUACGCACAUCUCUGUUGUAACGCGUGUCCAUCCCUUGCUGCGUCCCCAUGUGCCAAGUUCGUUGUGGAGCCAGGUGCGAUCAAUGCAGCUGUAAAUGUGCGUCGCUCGGAAUAUCCCCAGCGUUGCGGCUUUGGCUCGGCGCCUGUCCAGCGUGUCGAGAUGUGUGACGCGCACAUGUUGGUGUGACGCAAGUGUGGAGACACACGAGACCAUUGUGUGCGUGGUGUGACGUGUGUACCCCGUGCUGUGAGACCGGUGUGUGUGUUGUGAAUUGCGUAGCGUGGCACUUGACCAGUGUAUGUGCUGUGACACGAGACCAGUGGUGUCUUUGAGUGUGUGGCAUCAGUGUGACGUGCGUGUGGAUCGCCAGUGUGUAAUGCCAUUAUCACGUGUGUGAAACGAGGCCAUCGUGGGGUGUUACGUGAUGUGUGUGCGGUGUGAGCCGGUGUGGAUCGUGGUUGGUAGGAGUCCACGAAUCGUCAAAUUCUGGCAGCAGUGUUAGUCUCAUGCUCGAUGUGGCAUGGGUGGGCUGCCUUGGGAUCCUACUGAUGGAGCCUUCGUAUCUAAAUUCCACUGCACAACCAAGCCGCGCCAGCAUGCCGUGCCGAGCCAGGUGGGCACGGCUGAGGAGGUGCCAGGUUGUUUUUUUUCCACUGCAGAACGAGAGCCGUGCCAGUCAAGCCUACUGCGAAUGCAACCUGAUUAAUACGAUCAUCUCUCUGUCUGCUUGUGGCCUGUGACCGUGUCGGACGUCUGUGAGACACGAGAGUUCCUCGGUUUGGUUCCGGCUCGGCUUGGCAAAUCGCCAGUGGAAAAAAAUCACCCACAUCGUGAGAGCCCUUCCACGCUAGCUCGGCUCGGAUGUACAGCGACGAGGGCUGUCCUGGCUCGGAUCCGAUCACCGCCGGUCCCUGCGCGCAUUGGGAGUGUUUCUCGGAGUGGACUUCAAGUGACUUAAUAUUGUAUUUGAGAAUGUUGUACUGUGCAUUGUUACACGUGCGUUGUUCAGACAUUUCCUUUGUGGUAAACCAUGUAACCCUGUAUUUUAUACUGCGUUUUGAGUUUACAGCUGUUAUGACGCAAACACGUUAUAUUUGGUGCCAAUUUAUUAUUGUUACAUCUUCAGCAUGCGGUUACACAGAAUAAAAGAUGAAUGGGAAAACAA